AUGGAACGAAUUAGGGGCCAGUAUGAACCGGUCGGAAGUAGGCUUGGGUUCUCUGUUGAUCGCUCGGUUAUCUUGGCCUUUUUGCCUCUUUGCAUUUUGACUCUGAUGGUGGCACUGGAAGCCGCUUCACUUUCUGUUGCACUUCCGGUCGUCUCGGAGAAUCUUGGAGGUACCGCGGUUCAAGCCUUCUGGAGCGGAACCUCAUUUGUAUUAUGCUCCGCAUGUUUCCAACUUGUCUUCACCUCACUCUCCAACGCCUUUGGCCGGCAGCUACUUAUUAUUUGCGCUACCAUACUUUUCCUCGUGGGCACAAUUGUGUGUGGUGUCUCCGUCAACUUCAAAAGCAUGCUCGUCGGCCGAUCUAUCCAAGGGACUGGUGGGGGAGGCAUCAUCGUUCUGAGUGAAAUAUCUGUCUCCGAUAUGGUUCCGCUCCAAUAUCGAGGCCUCUAUUGGGGUGUCUUGGGUUCCAUGUGGAGUAUAGGCUCCGUCGUGGGCCCAGUGUUAGGUGGUGGAUUUUGCACCAAUGUCAGCUGGAGAUGGAUUUUUUACAUUAACAUACCCUUCGCCGUAUUAUCUACACCGUUAAUUUUUCGAUAUUUGAAAAUCACGACUGAGACAAUGACACGCAGCGAAAAGGUGAAGCGAUUUGACAUAGUUGGCUUAGCAGGGUUUGUAUGCAGCAUUGGCUCAUUCCUGGUUGGCUUGAGCUGGGGUGGUGUUAUGUAUCAAUGGACCAGUUGGCACACGUUGGUGCCCCUUGUGCUUGGAUUUUUCGGCAUCAUUGGGGUCCUGGUCUAUGAGACAUAUGUUCCCAUCGAUCCCAUACUCCGUCUCUCCGGGGUUGAAAAUCGAUCCCUUCUUGUCAGUUAUGUUGGAGCUACUCUCCACGGACUUACUCUCUGGUGUCUACUUUACUAUCUCCCUCUCUAUUCGGAGGCAGUGCAUGGGUUCACUCCUCUUAUGGCUGGCGUUGCUGCUCUUCCCCUUGCCCUUGCCAUCGCCCCCAGCGCCUGCAUCGCCGGGGCAAUAGCUGUUUUCUGUGGACGAUACCGUACUGUGAUAUGGAUUGCCUGGUCAGUUGCUACACUUGGUUUUGGCAUUCUCUGCUACCUUGAUAUCACGACCAAAGUAGCGGUUUGGGUAUGCCUUAUUGCUAUCCCUGGGCUGGGGCUUGGUGCACUAGUAACCAGCGUCGCGUACGCCAUACAGACUUGCGCCGAUAAUCAAUCCAUCGUGAUUGUUACGGCGCUUUUUAGCUUUUUCCGUGCUUUUGGCCAGGCCCUGGGUAUGUCCAUCGGUGGGGUCAUUUUCCAAAAUCGCAUGCAAAGCAAUCUUCUCAAACACCCUGCUUUCGCCGGCGUGGCGGGCGAAAUCAGCCGAAACGCAGAGGUGAUGGUAAGAAAAAUGAACACAAUGCAGCUUGACCAGUCUAAGAUUGAACUUAGACAGGUGUAUGCCGAGAGUCUCCGAGAUAUUUGGGUAUUCUGCUGCGUUUGUACGGCCGUUGCUGGGCUUCUAAGCCUGUUGACUAAGGAAUAUUGCCUGGACCAAAGCCGAGAUACUGACCAGAGACUACGGGGCAGAGGAGAAAGACAUACACAUUCUGCAAAUGAUUUUUCGGCCCGCGUUCGAAAUAUCAGCUCGCUGUAUUCCUAA